GCAGAUCAUCAAGUUUCUUUCACGAAUGAAGCUUGAAGAGUUCAUUAAUUAAUAUUUGCUGUUCAGUUCCAUUGUUUAAGUUUAUAUUAAGACUGAAAGUGAAAAGAAACUUUUUGUGAGAAGACUAAAAAUAUCCACAAAUGGAUAAUGAAUCAAAAAUUAUAUUGAAAAAAUGUUCAUCACUUAACAAUCUUCAGCUUCAGAACAAUCAGCAAAUGUCAAUGAGUCCAACACCAACAGUAAACAGUCCCGUACAAAGGGAUCAUCUGUCACUUUCGCUUCUGACUCCUCGCACUCGACGAUUUUCAUGCUCAAGUAAUUCAAAUGGAGCCAGCAGUGGACUUGUGAGUCCAGGACCGCGUUUAGCACCACGAAUCUCUCAAUUAAGACAAGAAGAAUGCAUCGACAUACAAAAUCGUGAAGCAACACAUGAACGAGAAGUUCAUUCAGCGAUUUCAAUAUCUCAAAGUUAUGAGGAUCUUACGCUGGUGCUGAAUGAAAGUUGGUCGUUCAAGAACAGUGAAGAGUUCAGUAAUCCUCUUCAUGUAACUUUACCACAGACAAACGCUUGCUCGUCGCCAUCACCGACCAGUCGUCACAACGUAGUACGCUUACAAUAUGGAAUGUCACCAUCACCAACACGAAGAUCUUUCGCCACACGACGCUCGAUGUCUCCAAUUGCAAUUCGUCCCAGUCCAUUGGGAUCUGUCAAAAGAAAAUUCGAAAUGAUUGAAGAUGGAAAUUCAUGUUCAAGCUCGACUUCUACAUCUCAACCUUAUAAAAGAAUUUUCACUGAAAGUGAAUUGGCUGGUGAUAUCACAGUAAAGGAUGAGAAUGAAAAAGUUUCAUCAAACGAUGAGAUGGACGUUCUGGAGCCAGAAACAUCGCCAUCAUCAUCAUCAUCAUCAUCGUCAUCAGCUUGCAUACCAAUGACUAUUGAUAAGGAAAAUCUGUAG